CCUGGCUGGGCAGUUUGUGUGCUUUGCUUGACCAGCUCUCGCUUUAGCUUUUCACAUUUUCCAGGCACAUGUCGUUGAAAGCUCUGGUGCGAUUGUCGUUUAAGCAAACGCAACUUGCAGCUUUGAGCUUUUGGCAGGCAGGCACCUGUUAGUAGGAGCUGUGUGACAGCUUUUAAUGCUUGAGCUUUAUUUAAGCAGCCCUUGCACUGACACCUGUAAGAGCUUUUGCGCAUUUCUAUGCGUUUUUGUUCUUUUCAUCCUUCUCUCUCUUUCUCCGUUUCGCUCUGUCUUUAUCACUCUCUACAAUUGGCGCAAAUCGAGUACGACGCGUUUCAUUCAUUUAUCAAGUCGUUAAAUGGCAGCUGCCCACGCGCUCACUGUCCGCCCAGCCUACCCCUGCUAAGCAGCACCAAACCCCCGCCCCAUGUGCGCAGCCAUAACGAGCCCCUCAUCCCCCACAGCUGUAAACCCAAAGACCAGCCCGUCGCUGGCGGGACUUGUGCCUGUUGCGUGGCGGCAUUCGAUCUGCGCUGUGUUAGUCAGUCUCAUCGCGAUGCUCUGGCGUUGAUCUUCACGUGCGCUGCGACGGAAUUCGUGCGUAAAUUAGAAAAGUUAAAAGAUACAUGUUAAAGUUCUGUUGCGAGUUGUUGUAAUGACUAAGUACAUAAAUAUAUAGUUAAUUGUGUUGUGCUACAAUAUAUGUAUGUAUAUAUAUAUACAUAUAUGCAUAUAUGUGUGCCAAAACUGUAUGAUAAAUCUUUUGGGAGCAACGAGAAACAUAUUUCAAGAUCAAUUUUCGACAGAUCAUUAGAUCAAAUUUCAUCCCAUUUCGCGACCAAGGAAAAUUGGGUGUGUGCGCGUGGCAGCUGCUAACCAAAGUGCAAUUGGAAUCGGCAUUGAGAGCGGAACUGCAAUCGGUAUCGGGAAUCAAGAAAUACAAGUGCCCAACAGCCCCUGUACGCCCCCUGGAGGGGCAGCUGCGCUGCAGCUGCAGCGGCGCCAGCGACAACUAGAACGGCGCAGACGAGCAGCGUCACAGGCAUGACGACGCUGGCAGCGACGUCGACGUCAACAGCGAUGCCAGUGGAUGGCAUUGGCACUGCGAAAAUGUUUUCGGAUGCGGAUGUGGCGGAAGUGCGGCACGUUGUGCAACGCAUUUUGGUGCCGUGCGUUUUUGUUAUUGGACUAUUGGGAAAUUCAGUGAGCAUUUAUGUUUUGACGCGGAAGCGCAUGAGGUGCACUACAAAUAUUUAUCUAUCGGCUCUGGCAAUUACGGAUAUUGCGUACCUGACCUUUGUAUUAAUUUUAUCACUCAAACACUACGAAUAUAUUAAAUAUCAUUGCGAGCUAUAUUGGCGACUAUAUGGCUUUAUAAUGUGGCUAUGCGAUGCAUGUGCGUACAUCUCAAUUUACAUAGCCGUGUGCUUCACCAUCGAGCGAUUUAUAGCUAUACGCUAUCCGCUCAAAAGACAAACAUUCUGCACUGAGUCGCUGGCCAAGAAGGUAAUAGCAGCCGUCGCGCUCUUCUGCCUGUUGACCACGCUCUCGACGGCGUUCGAGCACACAUAUGACAUCAAUUGGAAAUUGAUUGAUGGCGCCUAUAGGCCCUGCAAUCUGACGCUGGCAAAUGUGUCGCCCACACCGGCCCAGCCCACCCUGGCGACCGCAUGGCAUGUAGAUGAGCAUGCGAACAAUGCUGCCACGCCUCGGUAUCUGGAGCCCUUCGAUUUAAGCAGCGGCAGCGGAAGCGGCGCUGGCGAGUCAGACCACAUUCCAAGCAGGCAGCACCGGUUACCAGCAUCCACGUCCGCCUCGGUGGGCGUGACAGCCGCAGCCACCGAGCCGGCAACAGCGGCGGCCACUGCGAGCUUGCUGCAGUUGUCACGUGCCAGACGCAGCGAGGACAACUACGACAGCGAGGCCAGCUCUAACAACAAUUACAACUACAACAAUAAUAGCGCAUUCGCAUUUAACAUAACGGAAUACUGUCAAAAUAUGACUGUCUAUACAAAUGGGCUAUCGAGUCUGGGCCAAAAUGCGCUGUACUUUAAUAUCUGGAGUGUGUACACAUUAAUUGUAUUUGUGGUGCUGCCGCUCUUUGUGCUGGCAACCUUCAACUGUUUUCUCAUUCUGCUUGUGCACCGCUCAAAGAGCCUUCGUGGGGAUCUAACCAACGCCAGCAGCAUCAGGCGUACCAAGCGUAAGUCCAACUCUGGUAUAACGGGCAGCGUAUCGCAGGAGAAUCGGGUGACCAUCACGCUGAUUGCGGUGGUGCUCCUUUUCAUUGUGUGCCAGCUGCCUUGGGCCAUCUAUUUGAUACUGGUGCAGUAUGUGGAAAUCGAAAUGAACAUACAAAGGAUUGCCGGAAAUGUAUGCAAUCUGCUGGUUGCCAUCAAUGCAGCUGCCAAUUUUUUCUUAUAUUGUGUCCUCUCCGACAAGUAUCGGAAGACGGUGCGUGAGUUAAUCACGGGCUAUCGCUAUCGCCAUCGGCACGCCCGCAACAACAUCAGUCUCUAUGCACCACACACGACGACUACGCUCAAUGGAGAUGGCGCCGGCGGCGGUGGUGCGAGUGGCUAUGGUAGUAGCUACAGCGGUGCAAGCAGUCGACGUUGUCGUGCUAAAUCGGCGGUCGCGAGGCGUUUAAUUGCCUAAAUCAUGUCUCAUUCUUACAAUUCGAAAGCUGUACAAUCCUAAAAACUGUGUGUUAGACUAAGCUGAGCAGUGCAUACAUAUUUUAACUUUUUACUAUUUACGACCAUACAUUUGUGCCAUAAUGUGAUGAUUAUAGUUUGUAUGAUAUGUAGUUAUCCUAAUCGUAAUUGUUGUUGUCCUAAGCGUCAUAAAUGUGUAGUCUUGAUAAAUACAAUUGAGAUCACUUUCACUAGUUCAUUAAACAAAUGAAUGUUACCACUAAA